AUGGAAGUUGUCUGGGUAGCUAAUACAAACAACCCAAUUAAAAACUCUUCCGGGGUGCUGAAAAUAUCUGAGGAUGGAAAUCUUGAGCUCUCAGAUGGAAAAAGCACCAUCUUUUGGUCAUCAAAUGUGUCUAAUCAGGCACAUAAUAAUUCAGUUGCUAAGCUUCAAGAUACCGGGAAUCUUGUUUUGCUAUCUGGUGUUAGUGGGAUGAUCAUCUGGCAAAGUUUUGAACAUCGCAAAAAUUCAUUGUUGCUAGGAACGACGAUGUCAAUUAAUAUGUCAAUUAUUGACGAGGAUCACAUGAAUGAGUACGGAUAUACAAUGCUAAGAUCUUGGAAGAGCGCUUCAGAUCCAUCAGAUGGACGCUUUAGGAUUAGUGCAAAUGUACUCGCACCGGUUGGGGAAUUAGUAACUUGGGAUGGUGAUAAACCUUAUUGGAGAUCUGGCACAUUCGGAAUAUUUAAUACGUCUCGGCAGGCUUUUCCUGCAUUGGAACUAAUAUACAAUUCUAUAGAAAACACAUAUAAGAUUUUAUACUUUAUGAAAAAUAAGUCAUUCGUGGGGUACCAUCUUUUGAAUGAUGACGGGAAUUUGUUUCAUAGGACUUGGGAUGACAGUAGCCGGAAGUGGAAUACUACAUGGCAAUCCAUUGAAACUAAAUGUGAUAUUUAUAGUAACUGCGGUGCUUUUGGACUUUGCAACCCCAAAGAUUCACCCAUAUGCAGUUGCUUAACGGGGUUUGAGCCCAAAAUAAUUGAUGAAUGGAGUCUAGGCAAUUGGACUAGUGGGUGUGUAAGAAGAACAUCAUUGCAAUGUGGCAAUAGAGGAGGCAAAGAAGACGGCUUCUCAAGGCUAAUCCAUGUAAAACUACCAGAUAAUGCUGAUUUUUUUUUGGUAGAUAGUCAGGCUGAAUGUAUGAGGAGGUGCUUGGGAAAUUGUUCAUGUUUAGCAUAUGCAAAUCCUAAGGGACCCAUAAGCAUGGUGUGGAACGAAAGUCUAACUGACAUGCAGCAAUUCUCUAUUGAUGGUGCAGAAGUUUUCAUUCGUUUGGCUCAUUCAGAACUAGGUGAUCACUUGUUCUUGGCUCUUCUGCUUUUAUAA